AUUCGUUACCAAAAUAUAGAAAAACCCCUCCUCAAAAUUUCAUAGCAAUGGCGUCUUGGGAUGCGAGCUCGAGCGCCGUCAUCUACCGUCCUUCGCUCCGUCGGCGGACUCCGACUCCGUUAGGGCGUUCCAAGCUACUGCUACUUGUUUCAAGGUCCUUCUCAGAUUUUAGGAUUAAAGUUCCUCAGCAGUUUGUGAUCUGCAGAGCAAAAGCUGUGAAUGACUUUGGAGCGACCGGAAGUCGCAACAUCACUACGGUUCCCUCUAGCUUGUUGGUUGCAGAAAGGGAAGAGGCAAAAGCAGUACUAUCAUUGUUCCUAAGGAAGCAAGGAUUUAGCUAUGCCGUAGCAGCAAGGACGAUCAACAAAUCUGAUGGCUUCAUCGAUCACCUCAUAUCGAAGCUCCACACCAUCCAUAAAUCACGAUAUCUAGUAGGAAGAGAGCUUACCACCCUUGAAAUCAGAAAUGCUCUUGUUCCCUAUCUUGAAUCCCUCCUUGAGGAACACGGAGAUAUUUUCAUAGACAUUGUGGAAAAUUUCCCAAAUCCCCCGGGAACGAUCGAAAGACCCCCUCCAACACUGCCAACAGCAAGCAAUAAUGUAACCUCCAAGAAAGAAAGAGCUCUUGCUCGGGUAAUUCAGCAAAGCCCUGAGGGCCUCUUUCAACCCUCAGUUCUUUAUCUCAUGGACCUUGGUUUAGACCUUGAUCGGAUCAAAGGUAUUGUCCGAAGGUUCCCAGCUUUCGCUUACUACAAUCUUGAUAAAAAAAUUAAGCCUGUAGUUGAAUUUCUCCUUGAACUUGGUGUGCCCCGUUCUGAUAUAUCAACCAUCCUGCAUAAAAGGCCUCAGCUUUGUGGUAUCAGCCUCUCGGAGAACCUGAAGCCCACAAUGACUUACUUGGAGAACUUCGGAGUUGAUAAAAGCCAGUGGGCUAAGGUGAUAUACCGAUUUCCUGCACUCGUAACUUAUAGCAGACAGAAAUUGAAGGCAUCAGUGGAUUAUCUUACUGAACUUGGCAUUUCAAAGGAGAACAUUGGAAAGAUCUUGACUCGGUGCCCGCACAUUAUAAGCUAUAGUGUAGAUGUUAAGCUGAGACCAACUGUUGAAUACUUUGAAUCGAUCGGUAUUGAUGCUUCUUCAUUAAUGCAUCGGUGCCCACAAACAUUUGGUUUGAGCAUCGAGGCGAAUUUGAAACCCGUCACAGAGUUUUUCUUGGAGAGGGGAUACAGUAUUGAUGAGAUUGGAACCAUGGUUUCAAGGUAUGGAGCUCUUUAUACUUUUAGUUUGAAGGAUAAUUUGAUACCAAAAUGGGAUUAUUUCUUGACCAUGGUAUAUCCACGAUCUGAGCUUGUUAAGUUUCCUCAGUACUUUGGUUAUAGUUUAGAGAAGAGGAUCAAGUAUCGGUGGUCUCGAGUUAGGGAAACUGGGGUCAGUUUGGUUUUAAACCAGGUGUUAUCAACUUCAGAAAAGGAGUUUGAAAAGGUGUUGGAGAGGAAACUGGGGAAUAUGUUGGAUGUUCCAGUUGCAGAAGGGAAGGAAACUGUUGCAGAUCUUGAAAAAUCCGAGCAAUAGUUAAUGUCUUGUAAAUUAUGCUCCUGUUGCGUACAAAAAAUUGUACUGUAUUAAUAUUUGAGGUUCAUUCUCCCUCAAUAUGCAGUUGUUUGCAGCA